UGGAGGGGCGCAAGCGCACGGCUGCACUGCCAAAACGACCGGCAGAAUGUACGCACCGCAACUUGUACUCGUAUUCUGGUUCUGUUCGAUUUUAACCCCUAAUUGUUCAGCAAGUGUGCAAAACACUGUCAACCAUGACAUUGAGACGAAAAAAGUUAAACUGUUUGAUGGAGUGUCCGUGAAAAUACCGAGGGGAAAUGAUACGGCCAAACUGUUGUCUUUCGAAAUUUUAACGGAUAAUGGUGUGGUGGAAGGUCGGAAGAAACAAAAGAAGCUGUUGGAAAAUCUUCUGCCGUUAUUUAUCAUGCCCUUCGUACUACAAUCAGCUAUUGUUCCUUUGUUUUUGGGCAUGUUGAAAUUUAUGUUAUUUAAAUCCCUUAUGGUUGGAAAAUUGGCUUUGUUACUCAUUGUCCUUAAUGCAUUUAAAAACCACAAUUCAUUCAAAGGUAGGGAUGCAGAAAUGGCUCAUUUGCAUUAUGGGUACAAUGGAAAUGGGAUGGAGGAGUAUGGAGCUUAUGUAAAUUAACAUAGUGUUCUAAAUGAGCUAAACCUCUCUAAGUCAUUAGAUGUAUUUUUCUUUGGGAUUAUAGUAUCGGAAAAUAUACAUUCAUCAUCCAGUCAUUCUCUUAAUAAUUAGGAUUGUGACCACAGUAGACCGAGUCGAUUAGCCCCGUCCGUCUGGUUCUACCAUGGACGAGGUUAAUUGCAACGCACAGUGGUUAUGAUUUGUUCACUCUAUUUAGCCGAUCAAUAUAAUCUUUUCGAGACUGUAUAGUUCUUGCGAUUUGUCUGUCCAAAGAAAGAAGCAAUGCGAUUCCUGGAGAUUGCUGAGUAUCGGGUAUGGAUAACUAAUAUCAAAACUUGCCUUAUAUAUAUAAUAAAUUAAAACAUAAUAUCUAAGGCCUCACCAGCAAAUACUUUUAAUAAAUUUAUCAAUAUUAAAAUUAUAAUUAUUAGAUAUCAUAAAAAACCUUGAAAACAUGGUCUGUCCUCAACUCUAAGCACAUGAUUUAUAAGUUGCAAAUAUCCAAAGGCUACAAAUAUAUUUGUAGGGCGGUAACCAAUCUUUGUGCUAUAUUAACCUUAAUAAGGUUCUAUUUCUACUUGAAACUUGUAAAAUAGGAUAUUUUUUUUAAUAAAUUAUUUUAUGUACAACAUGUAAGUACAUUAUUUCUCAAAUUUCACGUAAAUUAUAUUUGGUAAUUAUCGUUUUAAACAGCUAAUGUGAGAAGUACCUCCUCAUUUUAUUACCAUUUAUUUGGGAGCAUUAAUUACAGUUUGACUUUUUGUAUUUUGUCGGCUUAUACAUUUAUGUGACGAAUUGCAUUUAAGUACUUAGAACUUGUGAAUCAGGUCAUAAACCGAUAGGUUUGAUUGUAGAUAUAUUGUAAUUAUAAUCAGUGUAAUAUAAAUGAUGUUGAUUUUGGCAUAAGUGGUUACCAGGUGGAAAUAUAUUUAUUUAGAUAUUUGUAUAAAUUUAUACAAGAUAAAAGUAGGAUUGUUUUUACCUAAAUAUGAAAAAAAAUAUAAAAUGAAUUACUUAGAAUUUUUGGAUAUUUUCUAUUGUAACUUAUUUUUUAAGAAUUUUAAGUGCAUAAUAUAAGAUUAAUUUAUUUAUGUAUAAAACUAGUAGGUAAGUUAUUUAUUGUCAACAGAAUAAAUCUGUAAUUAAAUUUCUUUAACAAU